GAACUUUUCAAGUUCCGACAAGAUGAAACUUGCUGAAGAAAAUGCAACAUUCUAGUUGCUAGAUCAAAUUGCAUUUUUGCAGGAGUCGUACAUAUUUAGCGUAUAACAUUCAGGUCGCUGGCUCGUUUACUGAAAUUCUUAAUUAUCUAGCCGGGUUAGAGUUUUGUUAUCAACUGAAUUGUUUUCUUUCUGCUGCAUCGUACACACGUGAAAUCAGAAUCAGCUGUUCCUUGUUAACUGUUCAGUAGAACACAUUUCGUGUGGCGGGGUUUCUCACACGUACGCUGUUAGCGGUCAGUGUAUUUGCACUGUAGCUAUUCGCGACCAGAUGUGAGAUUACUUCUACAAGAUUCAUUUUUUAUUGCCUCUGGAACAAAGUAAUCAUGAUGACAAUGAUGAGUGAUUUUCACAGACAGGCUCAAGAAGCUGGAUUGUUUCAAGGGCCCCUGUCAUCAUGUGAACAUGAGUUGCAGGAACUGAUGAGACAGAUUGAUAUCAUGGUGAAUAACAAAAAAUUAGAGUGGGAGAGAGACUUGCAAGGCCUCCAGUCAAAACUUGAAAGCCGAGAUAAUGAAGUUAUUACCCUGAGAGCAGCACUGGAAAGUAAACAGCAACAGAUGGGGAGGCUACAACAACAAGGAAAUGAGGCUGAUAGAUCCAAAAAAGAACUGGUCACACAGUAUGAAGAACAAGUAACAAGACUUAAGAAUGAGAUGAGCAAUUUAAAAAGAAAUUAUGAAAGAUUACAGAAACACCACAAUAAGCAAUCACAGCAUGCAGAGAGGAAGAGAGACCAAGUAUCAGUGGAAUUACAUGGCAAUUUAACAGAAUUGCAGAAAAUAAAACAAAAACUAGAGGAAUACAGGUUGAAAGUUAAAGAAUCUGAAAAUCAGAGGAGAUCACUACAGCAACAACUACAGAGUUCAGAGUCGCAGAAAAAAACAUUGCUUGACAAAUGUGAUUUGAUGCAGCAACAAGCUUUAGGUUAUCAAGAUCAGCUGACAAAAAGAAGGCAGAUUUUAGAUAAUACGGAAAUGAAUUUCCGAUCUCAGCUUGCGCAAGCUGAAGGACAGUUAACCCGAAACCAAGAAACUAUUCAGCAUAAAGAGUCUAUGCUGCAAAAAAUGAAGACUUCCGUAGAGGAGACACUGGCCAGCAACAAACAAUUAACAGAAGAGCACAACAGAUUAAUAGAAGAGCUGCAAGCAGCACAGAGGAGGACUAGGAGGAUAGAAGAUGAACUCUCUCAGGUACAAGUUGAACUGCAAUCUAGAGAUGAUUUAUUACGAAUAGCAGAUCAAGAACAACGACAAAAAGCUAAGGAGAUAAUACAGUUGGAAGAGAGAUUGAAUGUGAAGAGUGGGAUGAUCAGGGUCAUGGAGCAGGGAAAGCAGCAAGAGAAUGAUAUUGAACUUUCACAUGUUAAACAACAGCUGGUGGAUUUAGAGGCAGACAACAGAUCAUUAAGAAAAAAUGAACAGAAGAUACUUGAGAACAACAGCCGAUUGCAGGCUAAGCUCGAUAUGACACAGCGAGAAUGUGCUGAUCUCAACAUGCAACUAGCAAGGAAAAUUGAUGUUAUUAGAAACUUAGAAGUCACUGAAAUUAAAAAACUCAACACUGAUUUAAAUAAGACCAAAGAGAAGUACCAAUCACAAGGACACUAUUUCUCGUCUGAGUUGGAUGGUAUGCGAUCAGAAAUCAACACAUUGACAUCUGAAUUACAUCAACGGGACAUAACUAUAGCGUCGCUGAGUAACGAAGUAUCUGCCAUUGAAAGAAGACUAAGAGAAAGUCGAGAGCAAGAAGAUCGUAUUAACAAUGAGUUACAGGUAUCCAGUGCUCAGCUGGACGCCCUACGAUUGGAAAACAGACACUUAAGAGACAGUACAAUGAAUGAAAAGUUAGCCAAUACAAAAGACUUGCAGGAGGUUGAAACACAGAUAUCAGAGCUACAAGAGUUGCAGAUUCAGUACACAAAAACCAUUGGCAAGUUGGAGGAGGAAGUCAGUAGACAACGUCAAGAGAACUCCAACCUGACGCAAGAACUGUCCAAUUUAAAACACCAAUACAAUGCAGCUUUACAACAAACCCAUACAUCUAUCAAUGACAUCAAAGAGAAGGACAACAAGAAACUAAGGGUAUUGGAAGAGGAAUUUGAGAAGAGACUAGUUGGGGAGCAAGAAAAGUUUGAAUGCACCAUAAGCAAGUACAAAGCGGAAAUGAAAUGUUUGCAAACUGAGAAUUCAAACUUACAGGAACAUCUGAGACAACAAGUCCAAAAUUUAAGACGAUUGGAAGGAGAGAAUGGAGUUAUGACUGAAUUUAUCAGCAACGUAGACCAAAUAGCUAAAACGCCACCACACAGAUCACCGUAUGCUCUAUCACCAAUCAAGUAUGCAGACACUAGUAUCAAUACAACACAAGAACCAUUGGAGUUACCGAGCAUGCUGCCAACACCUGAAAAAUAUGAAUAUGAGAGACCAAGUUCAAGGGCUUCUGUCACCACUCAUUUUGUUGCAGAUGAACGUAGACGAGGCAUGGAAUUAGAACAGCUGUUAGACCAUCACAUUGCUGAUUUGCAUAGAAAUACAGAGAACACGUUAAAGAAAUUUUCCGGUGCUAGGUAGCAUUGAGGAACCAUCAAACUAACUAAUAACAGUUUUCAAACAGAAGUACAAAAUG